AUGGAUUCAUCUGAGAUUGGUUUAAGUAAUUCUUUUGAAGAAUGUCCAUCAAUCGAUCUAGUUAAUGAUAUUGAUGAGCGAUGUGCUGCUUGGAGAUUUUCUCUCAUUGGUCGACUAGAUUUACUUCGUAUGAAAUUUUCGGAUGCAGUUUUGAAUCUGAAAAAACAGUGGAGAUUAGAAGGUCAAUGCAAAAUGAUUCCAUUAGGAAAAGUUUUUUUUACAAUAAAACUUGAUAAUGAAAGAGAUAAGAACUUAAUCAAAGUAGGAAAAUGGGAGGUUUUAGAUCAAGUAUUAUGGAUUCGAAAUUGGAUUCCUGAUUUUUGCCCUGAAAAUCACAGAACAUCAUCAGCAAUGAUUUGGGUUCACUUCCCAGGUCUUAGUUUGGAAUACUGGGAUGAAAAAACGUUUUUUACCAUUCGAAGGGCUUUAAGAGAUCCAGUAAAAUUUGAUGGAGCUACCUUGAGUUAUGAGAAUGGUUAUUAUGCAAGAAUUCACUGCAAGAUUGUUGGUCAUUUUCUAGUUGAAUGCAGAAUCAAAAAAGACACAUCAAAAGGAUCUAGUAAUCAACAUGGAAAUGGUAUUUCUCCAAAGUCAGCACUUAAUACACAUUCUACAACAAGUGAGAAAUUUGAUAAUUGUGAAACUUCAAAAGGAACUAACAGUCAGAUGAAUGGUAACUCUCCUAAAGAUCAUGUCAGGGAGAAAUUUGAUAUCUGUUAA